AGAGGUUGCCGCCCAAGGCGUAAGUGAUAGCACAAAUCUGUGCAUAACAAAGAAAUUCACGAAAAACAAAAAAAAUGUUAAGAGACAUAAAACAUGUGAAUCGAAAGAAGCCGCAGCCGUUGUCUAAGCGAGUUAUGUAUUUGACCACGUCAGCAAUACUGUUCGGCAAUAUUUCGUUUGGAUGCUCUAUCACUUCUCUUGCACCCGCCUUGGAUAAUAUCGCAAGGAGAUAUAAAACAUCAAUCGAGGACAUAUCGAUCGUUUUCACCUUGCUGACAAUGAUGUAUUGCAUCGGAGCGAUUAUGUGUGGUGUCCUUUCGAGGUACGUCAAUCGUCAGUUGAUGGUCGUACUCAGUUUAUCCGUAAUUGCAUCGUCAAUGUUUUUAACACCGCACUGUCCGUCCAAAAAUCUGUUCUGCGUUUUGGUAGGAGUGUUCGGCUUUGCCAGUGGAUUUUAUGGCUCAUCUCAAGUGGUUUGGAUAAUUGAAAUUUGGCAACAGAAAUCGGGCCCAUUCAUUCAAGCUCAGCAUUUUGCUUUUUCCGUUGGAAGCAUAAUUCCUUCCGUGGUUCUAGCUCCGUUUCUUCAUCAAAAGAAUCACAGUCCUGCAAGUGCCACCGAGUCAGCGGUUAGGGAGCAGUCAAUGAUUCAAACUCCGUUUUUGAUCAUAGGAACAUUGAACUCGUUAUCUUUUCUAUAUCAGUUGUUUCUGUACAUCUUCUACAGAUACCACAAGCCUCCCAUGUAUGCUGAUGUGAACUUCGAACCAGCUGAUAAGGUCGAAAAUAAUCAACCACUUGCCGAAGGUGAUCUCAGUGAAAGUAAUGAAUUGAAAAAACAAGAGGAAGAAGCAGACAGCGUUAAAGUAAAGACGGGAAUCAGCAACAGAAAGAUUCGAUUGGUUGCAUUCGCCAUGCUCUUUCUUGGCGCCUAUCAAGCAAUGGAAAUAUCGACAAUGCAAUUCCUUCCCAUCUUCGGUCAGCACAGCGAUCUGAAAUUGUCCGAAUCGGCUGCAGCCCAUGUACUCUCUGGAUUGAUGAUAACGUAUGCCUCUGGCCGGCUGCUUGGAAUAUUUAUCAUUUUGAAAGUGCGACCAGAUCUGAUUAUAGUUGCCAAUGUCAUCUUAAUCGCCACAGGCAAUACAAUUUUGUUGAUAUGGGCGAGUGGAAGCUUGAUCAUGUUUUGGAUUGGAAGCUUGAUAUUGGGGGCCGGAUUCGCAAAUAUGUAUCCCAGCUUCUUUACAUUCAUCGAAAAGCAUCUGAUCAUUUCGGGUAACAUUGCAUCGUGUGUAUUGGUAUUUGGCACAACCACAUCAGCAAUGUAUCCGAUUAUACUAGGGAAGAUUAUAGAACAUCACGCUGUUGUGUUAAGCUACACGAAUUUUGCAAGUAUAGUCGUCUGUAUCGUUGCCAUUUGUUGGGGCUACAAUUUGACGCGAAAGACUCUCACACGGGAAUGAUUAAAAUGUGUAGGAACCUCGAUGGUCCAUGAGGUCGCGUGUGCAAAUUAUGUGUAUCCGUGGUAUCCAGGAUACCGGGAAAUUUCUG